AUGAAGGCUAAACAGGAUAGGCAAAAGAGCUACUAUAAUAAGAGGAGGAAACCCUUGGAGUUUCAGGUGGGUGACCAUGUAUUUUUGAAGGUCUCACCUAUGACGGGAGUUGGGAGAGCUCUGAAAUCUCGGAAGCUAUCUCCUAAAUUCAUUGGGCCAUUCGAAGUGUUGAGUAAGAAUGGUCCUGCAGCGUACCAGAUAGCAUUGCCUCUGAACCUCUCACAUCUACAUCCAGUAUUCCACGUGUCACAACUCAGGCAGUAUGUGUCAGAUACUUCUCACGUGAUUAAUAUUGACCCGGUUCAAGUGAGGGAGGAUUUGUCGUAUGAGGUGUACCCGGUGAGGAUUGCAGAUCAUCGUAUUAAGCAACUGAGGGGCAAGGAGAUCUCAUUGCUGAAGGUGAUAUGGAACUCAAGUGACGAAGGAGAUGCCACAUGGGAGACGGAGAGCCGAAUGAGAGAGUUAUAUCCACACUUGUUUAUGUAG